AUGCGAUCGUUCAGCAGCGAUCGUCCGUCGAACGAUCGUUACGAAACGGACAUACGUUACACGUUCGAAUUAUGCCAUUGGAUCUUGAAACCGAUAGGCAUGUAUCCUUUCGUCUUUAGCCGUGCGAGCAGACGCGAACGAACGGCGUCGGUGUUGCUGAUUCUGGUAUGUUGCUCGAUCCUCCAGUUCAUCAUAGUACCGUUCAGUCAUCACGUUCUAUUCAGCGACAACGACAUGAACACGUUCGUUAAGAAUCUCGGACCGUUGACGUUCUGUUUGACCACGUUCUUCAAGUAUUGCUACUUCAGCAUGAAAGGUUCAGCGAUCGGUCGUUGCGUGAAACACAUCGAGAGAGACUGGAAGAUGUUGCGUGACGAGGAUCAUCGUGUUAUCAUGCUCAGAUACGUGACGAUGAGCCGGAAUCUCAUAAAACUGUGCGCGAUCUUCUUGUACAUAGGUGGUCUGUCUUAUAACACUGUCAUACCGUUGUUCUCGAAGAAGAGCGUGAACGGUAACGUGACUAUCAGACCUCUAACUUAUCCCGGUUACGAGGAGUUCUUCGACGUUCAGAAGAGUCCAGCGUACGAGAUCGUCUUCUGUAUGCACUGUGUCUACGUCAUGAUCACGGCGAACAUCACAAUGGCGGCGUACAGUUUGACGACGAUCUUCGCCACUCAUACUUGCGGUCAGAUUAAGAUACAAACGACGCGGCUGGAGGAUCUGACAAAGAGAGGGAUGCUGUUGGAGAAGGGAGUGAGUGAUCGUUUGGCGGUUGUUGUGAGCGGUCACGUGGAGAUCUUGAAAUUCACGAGGAUGAUCGAAAGCGCGUUGCAUGAAAUAUUCUUGAUAGAAGUAAUAGUAUCCACUGUGUUACUAUGCUUGAUCGAAUAUCUCUUAAUGAUGGAAUGGGAGAGUAGCGAUUCGAUCGGGAUAUUAACAUACGUCACUCUCCUCACUUCUUUCACUUUCAACAUACUGAUAUUCUGUUACGUUGGCGAACUUCUUCUUGGACAGGGUAGUGAAAUCGCGCACGCUUCCUACGAUACAGAAUGGUACAAUCUGCCGAGACGGAAGGCUCGUGACAUCGUUCUGGUGCUUGCCAUAACGAAACAUCCGAUCAAACUUACAGCAGGCAAAAUAUUCGUUCUCUCGUUGAACACUUUUGGCGCUGUGCUGAAAUCGUCGGUAGUUUACAUGAACAUGCUACGAACCUACGAAUUGAAAAUAGACAGAACCAUGGACGAUACUAACAGAAACGACGUGGCGAACAGCCUCAAGUAUUGUCGAAGGCUGUUGAAACCGAUCGGUCUUUGGCCACUUAUCUACAGUCACACCAGCAAACUGAACAAAGUCCUUUCGAUAAUUCUGAUCGCGUGGUGUACGUUGACCGUACUGUUCGUUUUAGUGCCAUGCGGAUACUUCUGUGUAUUCCACGUGAAAAACGUGAAAUUGAAGAUGAAACUUCUGGGUCCGGUACUAUACUCUAUGCUCUCUAUGCUCAGGUACAGCUGUCUAGUUUUGAAAACGCCCGCGUUCAAGCAUUGCAUCGAAGACAUAGAGAACGAUUGGAAGUUGAUCGAUAAUCCGGAACACCGAGCGAUCAUGAUCAAGAACGCGAUGGUCACGCAGAGGAUGACCGUCGCUUUUACUAUUAUAAUCUACAGUUCUGCGGUGUCGUAUCACGCCAUUGUGCCAUUUUUUUCAAACGCUUUGGAGAACAAGAAGAAUAAUACGAUUCGUGCGUUACCAAUUCCUGGCUACGAGUUAUUCGUAGACGCUUAUUCCAGUCCUACCUACGAGAUCAUAAGAACUCAUCUCUUUGUACAAAUGGCGAGGUUAAAGUAUCUGGUCGCGGAUAAUAGGAAGGAGAGCGACAGGAGUAGGAUGCUGGUUGUUAUCGUCAAUGGUCACUCGAAUGCUUUGAGGUACACGAGACGAAUCUUGAACGCGUUAGAGACACUAUGUUUCGUGGAAGUACUGCUGUCCAGCAUAUUGUUGUGUCUUUGCGAGAACCUCUGCGUAGAGGGAUGGAAAACUCACGAUAUGAUUUUUGGGGUAACGAUCGGCGGUUUCAUGCUUUCGAUCACUUUUAAUAUAUUCGUAUUAUGUCAUGCAGGUGAACUUCUUGUCGAGGAGGCUGAAAAAUUCGGCAAUGCAGCUUAUAACAUCGAAUGGUACAACUUACCGCCAAACAGGGCUCUCGAUCUGGUGUUAAUGAUCGGUAUAGCAAAAUUUCCACCGAGGCUCACAGGUGGAAAAAUAUUCGAUAUAUCGAUAAACACGUUCAGUGCCUCGACAGCGUGCAUCGAAGCCGUCAGCAUGUACGAUCGAUCCUGUAGCAGUGUUGACGGCCAAUUGAGGAAUUACCAUUACCAAAAUGACAUACAUUACACGCUGCAAAUGUGCCAAUGGUUGUUGAAACCUAUCGGAGUAUGGCGAUUGCUAGAUCAACGUUCCAGCAAGCUGGAACACCUCGUCUCGAUCGUUCUCAUGACAAUAUGCUUCUCCAGUCUGUUCUUCAUCGUCUUGCCAUCCGGUCAUUACAUCUUCUUCGCGGAGAAAAGUGGUAUGUCGUAUCACACGGUGAUGCAGUUCUUAUCGAAGGACAGAAGCAGCGAGUUCCUGUCGAGGGAGAAAAGCAAGAAUUACACUUACAAAAGGGAGAAUUACACUUACAAACCGUUAGCCUAUCCUGGCUACGAUUGGUUUAUCGAUACACAAACCAGUCCUACCUACGAGAUCGUAUUUUUCUUUCACUGUUUCGCAGCGAUGAUCAUGUACAACGUGACAACGGCAGCGUACAGUUUGGCGGCGAUAUUCGUCACUCAUAUCUGUGGACAGAUUCAGAUACAGAUGGCGAGAUUGGAGGAUCUGGUGGAGAGGACGGGAGAGAAGGACGACGGUCCUGAUCCUUUGGUCGUUAUCGUUCGAGAUCACGUGAAGGUUUUAAGAUUUGCAAAGAACGUUGAGGAAACUUUGCGUGACUUCUGCUUAGUGGAAAUCUUCGAGUCCACGCUGAUUUUGUGUUUGCUCGAAUACUACUGUUUGGUGGAAUGGCAAAAUAGCGACACGAUCGCUAUGUUGACAUUUUUCACUCUGUUAACGUCGUUCACUUUCAAUAUAUUCAUAUUCUGCUACAUCGGCGAGAUUCUUUCCGAACAGUGUAGCCAAAUUGGUUCAGCAUCGUACGAGAUCGAUUGGUACAAUUUACCAGCGAAGAGAGCAUACGAUCUUAUUCUACUUAGCGUGAUAUCGCAGUAUCCGCCGAAACUUACAGCAGGGAAAAUAAUCGACUUAUCCUUGAAUACAUUCAGCUCUGUGGUGAAAACAUCGGUGGUGUACUUGAAUUUACUGCGAACAGUUACAAACUGGUAA